CGCCCAAGCCACCCAAUCCAUUCACAUGAUUUUCCUCAAAUCUUCGCAGUGUCUCUGAAUACUCACAUGACAGGACAGGUACCGACCCUUCACAACUUCAACUCAAUUUCAAAAUUAGCCUUUCUGAACUGGUCCUACACAGUUACUGGUGUUCGGUCACGUCAAUCUUGUAUGCCAUAUAACUCCUUAAAAAGACACGCUUUUCCUGUCAAUUUGGUACAAAAAGUCACUUCUGGGCCCUCCUAUGCCAAUCAAAAACACAUUUUUGCAAUGAUUUCUCCAAGAUUGUAGUUUGAACUACGGUACAAUAUUUGUUGUGGGUGUCUUCAAUGUGGAGUUCAAACGUAGCUUUCUCUCCUUCGUUUUAAACGACAUAUUUUUUUUCCUGUUUGGUGUUUUCUACUGCAGAGCCCAGACCCGCACUGCCAUUUUCCCUUCCGUUUAAACAAGGAGGCUUAUUGUGGUUGUUUUCAAUUGUAAAGCUGAUACCCACAUUAAUGUAGUUGUUUUUCCUUUGUUGGGUACGGAUAAGGAGAUAUACUGUAAAACUUACAGUCUGUACAUUUUCUCACCUUCAAAUCUUCUGCGUUUUAGUUCAAUAUACACUGUAAAAGAGAUUGUACAUUUUGUUCACUUUAAUUCCUUUUUCCCUAUAAUGCAAAAGCUUCUUAACAUGUUAUCAAUAUUUCCGUCAACCAAAGUGAGCUAAAGCAAAGAGCAGCAGUCGUCCGUAAAUAUUUUAACCCACUGUUACAUUACUUUUAAGUUACUUUGUUCUUUUCGUUGAGUGUGUAUGUCAGCCUGAAAUUUAACAGUCUUCAAAUGUUGACUCACCUUAACUUGAGUUGAAUUUACAUUCCUGAAAUUCAGCUAAACAGUUUAUGGAUUACGCGUUUUGGAGUUAUGAAAUUGAGAAGCCUAUGCACAAGUACUUAUACAUGUACUUAAAAUUUGGCUGAAUAUAUAUCGUCUAACAAUCUUGACUAAUUAUAGACAGCUGAUUAAUUGAGAUUCUGGUAAAAGUGUUAUACGUUAAGCUGGAAACCUAUCCGGAUCUGCUUUGCUCUACGGCUGACUUUUAAUGCGGGUCUUCUUGCUACACACAAUUGUUGCAGCUCUUUUUCUUCACAGUGCUGUAGAAAUUCUUAUACAGUUUGCUGGUGUAAAAGGGCACAAGGAUUCUUGGGAAUGGCCUAAGACCCUAAAAUUCAAUUCUGUCCUCCAGCAAUUAGGGCACAGAACAAUAAGGUUUUGGACCUGGUUAAAUCCCGUUUGGAAGGAGAUGGCUGUGAAUACCUCGCGGUUCAUAAAAUGUGUUACAGUUGGUGAUGGAGCCGUUGGAAAGACUUGCAUGCUAAUUUGUUAUACGAGCAAUAAGUUUCCCACUGACUAUGUUCCAACUGUUUUUGAUAAUUUCAGCGCCAAUGUAAUUGUUGAUGGCACUUCUGUGAAUCUGGGUCUUUGGGACACUGCAGGUCAAGAAGAUUAUAACAGACUGAGGCCGCUUAGUUACCGAGGAGCUGAUGUAUUUGUCUUAGCAUUUUCCUUAGUCAGUCAGGCUAGCUAUGAAAAUAUCUCAAAGAGGUGGAUCCAUGAACUUAGACAUUAUGCUCCUGGCACUCCAAUUAUUCUGGUUGGAACAAAAUUAGAUCUUCGUGAAGAUAAGAAUCAUCUGGCUGAAAAUGCGAGUUUUAUACCAAUAACUACCAUGCAAGGCGAGGAGUUGAGGAAGCAGAUUGGUGCUUCUGCAUAUAUAGAGUGUAGUGCAAAGACACAACAGAAUGUCAAAGCUGUUUUUGAUGAGGCAAUCAGUGCUGUCAUGCAACCCCCAGGAAGCCGAAAUAACACUAGGAAGAAGAGAAAGGCCAACAAUGCCUGUUCCAUUUGGGGUGUUCUAUGCGGCAGGAAAGUUCCAGGUGUUGAAUAAGAUGAAAUCUUCUAUCUGUUUCUGUAAAGAUGAUUCAUGUUGUGCGAGAAAUUAAGCUGUACUUUGGCAGUCAAAUGUUUCUUAUGGCGUCGAUGUUAAUAGCAUUCAUCAGUAGUUUGCUUAGGCUCUUUUAUGAAGGAAAUUUUAUGAGGUUGUGUAAAUGGAAAAAGCUUGGUAAUGUGUUGUAGAACCAGAGCUAAGCAGUUUUAGACGGCUGAAAACAAGUCUGAAAUUUGAAUCGAAUGCAUUACUCAUUUAAUACUGUUGACUAUUUGGGACAUCUCAGGUCCGUUACCAUAGUAAUAGCAGAUUUUUUCCAUCGGUUCUGUUUA